AUGACGAGUAAAAGUUCGCCAUUUGUUUUAUAUAAAACAUUUAUCGAUGCUUAUAUGCAAGGUCAUUCUGAAGUGGCUAAAUGUCUUCGUCAUUACAAUGCUUUAGCUGAAUGGAAUCAAAUAAAAAAUAAUGAAGAAUUGAUCAAAUCAAGCAUUGAAAACUAUCUUGAAAUAGGAAAAAAAUCAACAACAAUUGCAAACGAAUCGAAACCUGCUAAUGAUAAUGAGACAUCAACAACGAGUGCACGAAAACGAACAAUUUCAUCAGAUGAUGAAACAGAAAUUCAUGAUCCAUUAUUUGAUCCCGAUGCAGUCAUACCUGUUGAACCAACAUUUUCAAAACGCACGAUAAGAAAUCCCAUUGAUGAAAACGAAGAUGAAACAAAACCGUGGGUUAUUCGAGGUAUUGAAAAAGCGAAAGCUCGUGUUCAAGCACAUCUUGCAAAAAUUGAAGCAAGACGUCUUGCUAGAAAGAAUCGAGUAAAAGCUCCAGCACAAGAAGCACUUGCACAAGAAAUUAAAGAAAUAUCUGACCGCAUUGCUAACUUAAUACAAGUUAAAAAUAUGGGUUUAUCAACUGAAGAAACAAAUCAUACGUUAAAGAAAUUAAUUCGACAAAAAAAAGAACGUUCAACAGAGCUCAGCCUUUUACAAUCUAAACAGCGCGCUGGUUUACGUUAUCGUCAACGAAGAAAAAAACGUCUUGAAACAUUAUGUAGCGCUGAUACAGAAGUUGCGACUGAACUUUUAAAACUUUAUAAACCGUCCACAAUAGCUGUUGUAUCUGCCAAUUCUAAUGAUAAUGUUUCUCCAGAUUUAUUACAAACAAUCGAAGAAAUCGCCAGACUUGGUGGUGUAUCAGAUGCAAAUCACAGACUUCUUAACAAUAAGCCAUGUACAUCGUUGGAUGAUCUUAGAGAUAAAAUAAAAGAACGUGGUUAUGAAAUUCGUAGAUCUUCGGCUUUCUAUCGUCUUAUACCUGCUGGUGCUUUUUCUGAAGAUGGAAAAAAACAUGUUACAUCAUCAGCAGUUCGUCUUCGAAAAAUUCAAGCUAUUGAACAACUCAAACACGAAGAUUGCCAUUUUGUAUCUGGAACCUUACGAUAUAUCAAAGAUUUAGCUGGAACAUUUGGAAACGAUUGUAUUUUUUAUCUUGUUCAAGAUAAUAAAGCUUCUAUCAGAAUUGGUCGACCUGCAGCUAAAGGAAAUGCACCACUUAUCAUGCGUUUAGAUUACCAAAUAAGUACAGCUAAUUCAACACCAAUACCUCCAAGUGUUCGAUAUCAAUUUAAACCAGCAGUAUAUGCAUCUUGUAUUCUUGAUGAAAAUGGUACUAUUACCAAUGCUGGUCCAACAUAUAUUGCUGUUCGAUCAGCAAAACAUGAUCAAACAAUUGUUAAUUGUGAAGAAAUUGAUUUUGAUCAUGUUGUUAAAUUAAAAGAAUUUGAACGCACUGCUCGAAAUCAUGUUGGUGAAAUCAAACCCAUUAUUAUUAUGAAUGUUGAUAGUAUCAAUCCAAUGGAUUUUACACGUUUUCGAAAAACUCUUAAUUUAUCAAUUAAAAAAUUUAAAAAAUAUAAUUUAGAUGCUUUUAUACUUGUUACACAAGCACCAGGUCAAACAGCAUUCAAUAUUGUUGAACGACGUUUAGCACUUUUAUCACAUGAUUUAUCAGGUUUAGUUUUACCAGAUAAUUUCUUUGGUACGCAUUUGAAUAUAAGUGGUUUAACCGUUGAUGCUGAAUUAGAAAAAAUGAAUUUUAAAAAAACCGGUGAUGUACUUGCUGAAGUAUGGAAUAUGAAUAUGAUUGAUGGUCAUCAAGUUGUUACUGAAUACAUUGAUCCACCAGCGUCAACUAAUGAUAUGGUUCGAUUUAUUGAUACUAAAUUUACUUUAGAUUAUAUUAUAGAUGAAAUUUGUGAUGAAGACGAAGAAAUUCCACUUCAUAAACGUAUUGAACAUUCCCGUCCAGCUUUUUAUCCAGAUCCAACUAUAGAUACCAAACCUCAGCCAGUUUAUGAUAUUGAUGAAUAUUGGUGUGCAACACAUGUUUUUCAAACUCAAUAUACUAUUCAAAUAAUUCGUUGUACUAAGCCAGAAUGUUGUGGUCCAUGGCGUUCAAAUUAUAUUCAGGUAUUUCCUCAUCGAUUUCUUCCACCGCCUGUACCAUUUAAUCGUUCGUCUCAUGGCGUUCGAUUAGAAAAGAUUGAGUCGACAUUGGCUAAUCUAAAACCUAUAUCUCCAUAUUAUGGUACACUAUUUCAACGGAUACAAUUUCAUGGUAUUGUUAUGCGUGGAACACAAAAUCAAUUAAUACCAUUUGAUGCUUAUUGUCCAUCAGUGCAGAGUAAACUUGAUUCACGUAGAUGUACGAUUUGUAAACAAUAUAUUCCAUCUGCAACACGUUUACGUGAUCAUUAUAAAGUUCAUCAACAAAGAUAUGCAUCAAAAUAUACUUCGUGUAACAAUAAUAAUAAUAAUAAAGAAGAAGAAUUAGUUGAUGAAGAUGAUCCAAUGGAUCCCAGUGAUUUGCCAUUGGCACCAAUAAAUAUAAGUCAAAAUGGAGUUUUUCUUUUUGUUAAUAUGGUUGAUUGGUUAAAAUCUGAUUUUGAAGAUGAUCCUGUUGCUGAACCAAAACCACAAUCAAUUGCUGCUAAAGCAAAUGCAAUGAUUAGAGAAGAAAAACAAUUAGUAGCUGAGGCAACGGCUGCCAUUGCUGAAAGUGCAAAAUUAAUUGAAAAAUCAACAAGAGCAAAAGCAGCAGCAACAGCAGCAGCAACAACAAUACAAAAUGAUGCAACUCAAUCAGUAGCAACUAUUUCAGUUGAUAAUGCAUUAUCAUCAAAUGACAAUUUUGAUGUAUCUGAAAUUAAAUUGGAACAAGAUGAUGUAUCUAAUGCACUUGAACAAUUAAAUGUUGCAGAUGAUAAAAUUGAUAAUAGCUACGAUGAUCUUAGUGAUCUUAUAGACAAUAUAUGA